AUGUUCUUCUCUUGCAGCCUGAAUCCAUCCGCAGACUGCUCCCAGGAGAACAUCACUGUAAUGGACGAAAAUUUCGAACAGCUGGGGGUGUUGUGUCCAAACUCUAAUAGGAUUGCUGAGUUUGAAUCUUCAGGCAAUGUGUAUAUCAGAGCAACCACCAACUCAUAUUCUCUUAUAAGGACUAUUUACUUCUUUUUUUACUCCCUCAAUCUUGCAAAUGAAGCUGUGGACUGUGGUGGGGACCUCAGUGGUACUUCAGGAACAAUUUCCAGCCCCAAUUAUCCUAAUCGACACCAACCUUUUACCUACUGUGUCUGGAACGUGAAAACACCAAAGAACACAAUAGCCAAUCUGUCAUUCACAGAAAUCUUUAUUGAACCAGAUUCCAACUGCCGAUUUGAUUUUAUUGCCCUGUUUGAUGGCCCAAACACACACUCCCCUCUGAAGGAUGUGCUGUGUGGUCGUACGGUGACUGAGUUGGAGAUGUCUUCCAAUUCUUUCACGCUGGUGUUCAGCGCUGAUUACGCCAACUCCUAUUAUGGCUUUUCUGUCGACUACACUGCCAUACCACUAUCAUCCAACAGUCUAGGCUCAUUGUCUUGUUCUGGAGACUCGAUGACUGUUGUUCUCAAUCCAGCUUACAUUUCUUCAUUGGGAUACGAUGCAAAUGAUCUGACAUUGAUUGAUAAAACAUGUGGUCCUAUAUCUGCCAAUCCUAUUGUAUUUGAGGUGCCCCUCACAAGCUGUGGUACACUUAAGAAGGUGGUGGAUCAUACAAUUUCCUACACAAACAGCAUCUCUGCAAGUACAGUUGGCGUGAUCACUAGACACAGGCAGUUGCAGGUCAUUGUCACCUGUGAGCUUGGGAAAGACUCCAUUGCUGAGAUUAUGUAUGUGACUGAGGAUGACAUAAUCCAGGAAUACACAGGGUCUGGAGACUAUGAUGUUAGCUUGGCCUUCUAUCCAACAGAGGACUUCAGCACUCCAGUGCAGGACUCUCCAUAUUUUAUUGAGCUUGAUGAGACCGUGUUCCUCCAAGCUACAGUCCAGUCUUCAGAUGCUAACCUUACUGUAUUUGUAGACACCUGCUUUGCCUCUCCCCAAGCUAAUUUCCAGUCACCGAAUUAUGAUCUCAUCAGAAGCGGAUGUAUAAAGGAUGACACCUACAAUAACAUCCAAUCUGGUAGUGGCUAUGCCAGGUUCACCUUCAGUGCCUUCAAAUUCUUGAACAUCCACCCAUCUCUGUACCUCCAGUGCCAGUUGGUGAUCUGUGAUAGUAAUGAUGCAGGAUCCCGCUGUGAUCAAGGAUGUAUCACACGUGAACGCAGAGAUUUGGGAUCCAAAGUUUGGAGAACCAACGCCGUAGUGGGUCCCAUCCUUCUGAAACGCCACAAUGAACCUGAGGCUGCAGGUUAG